AUGAACAGAUGUGUGCAGGAUAGUGUUGACGAUGAAUCGCUACGUACUGUGCUACCUGCUGUUUUCCAACGCAAACUACUGGANUAUAAUCAAUGGGGUUCAAGUUUAAUACCAAAUAGAAAUAAAACAAAGAUUAUAGUUUCAAGUAUUGACAUUGCUUCAUGGAUUCAAAGAACAGUUUUAACUCGAAAAAUACCAUCAGAUUUACCAUUAUCGAAAAUUAUGAUGAAAACUGAUAUCGAAGGACAUGAUUCGAUUGUAUUAACAAAUUUGAUCUUUAGUGGAGUUUAUUGUUCGAUUGAUUUAAUUUAUGGUGAACAUUUUAAUCAAGAAUUUCAACAUGCUGUGUCAAUUUUGAAACAAUACACAAAUUCAUGUAAAACAGAACUUAUUCCAUUAGAUGAUGAAAGUCAUUUUAUGAUCAAAUUACCAUUUUUCUAA